UCCCUCCACUGGAACGGGAGAUGGCGGGUUCAGGGUCCGUAUCCCCCGUCGCUAGCAGUCUUGACUUACACAAAGUGUGAAGUUGAAGAUAGAUAGCCAAAGGUUUGCUAGAGGAAGCGCUCUCAUCACUAGAAGAAAAGGAAGUCUCAGCGACAAGCUUAUGAAAGAAUGGCUGUCGCAAGGGCUCCAGCGCCUGACUCUGCCUCUCAGACGGUGGUCUGGCUGUUCCCACUUGUCUUCUGCCUUGGCUCAGGGAAUGAAGUUUCCCAAAGCGGCCCAGCCCUGCUGCCCGUGAAUGGUGUUCUAGGGGAGUCUGCUACUCUUCCUCUGACGCUUCCUGCGGGAAAGAUGACCAGUCUAAUCAUCUGGAAUUAUGGAAGAGAGGCGUCACCGGUCACUACAAUCCUCGUCAUCCACCUAAAUAAGUCUGCAAGACCAGAGAUCAUACCAGCUGAUCCGCAGAGAAGGGAGCGGCUGAGCGCCACAGAGUCCUACUUGAAGCUCAGCAACCUCACGAUGGCAGACACGGGAACGUACAGUGCACAGAUAACCACAGAGGGCUCUGAGCUGGUCGUCUCCACUUACACCCUGAGAGUCUUCGAACGACUGCGUAACUUAGAAGUCAUCAACCACACUCACCUGUUUGAGAAUGGGACCUGCCAGGUGCACCUGGCCUGUAUUGUGGAGAACCCAAAUUAUACUGUGUCAGUAGGGUGGCAGGCCUCAGGAAACAUCUCUUUAGGGGAACCAAACCUCACUAUCUCUUGGGACCCGAAGAAUUCCAGUGACCAGAGCUACACCUGCAGAGCUGAGAAUGCUGUCAGCAAUUUGUCAGUCUCUGUCUCCGCCCAGAGUCUUUGCAAAGGUAUUCUAACUGAUCUACACAGGAAUGAAAAAUGGAUUAUAAUUAUUUCUGUAAUUAUACUCUGCUUUGUGUUCAUGGGCAUAAUAUAUGCUUGGAAGAAAAAAAGAGGUUCUUUUCCUUUGGCUAGCCAACAUCAAGGCUCUUCCCGGGACACAGAUACUCCACGCUCUCCAGGGAACACUGUGUAUGCACAAGUCAUUCACCCAAUGCAGGAAAUGGAAAUCCCAAAACCCAUAAAAAAUGAUUCCAUAACAAUAUACUCCAUAGUUAAUCACUCCAGAGAGUCCACUUUUCCCAGGCUGAGUACCGUUAAGGACAUCAUGUGAACAAUUCAAGCAGAACACAGCAUCUACUGCUCCCCUGGAAGAGAACAGAGAAGAAGCCUGGUUUCCCAGAGCACUCUGCCUAAACUGGGUUUCCUAAUUAGUCCCUUAAGCCUUCCACAUUGUUUACAACAUGUCAUUGAAUAUUUAUUUUUAUUUUUAAUACUGUUUCCCUCAUUAGAGCCUAAGUUUGUGGGAACA